AUGUCCAAUUUACCUGACGUUUACUAUAACAAAGAUUCAGACUCAUUCGCCUUUUCCACAGCUAGAGUUCGUUGGAUCAAGAUUAUUCAAGAUACUAUUGAUGAUGUUAUCCAAACUUCAGAAAAAUCAUCAAAUCCAGACUUCCAAAAAGAAGGUGAAGCAAUUGCUUCUCAAUUAAAAGGUUUAAAAUCUGAUGUUGAAAAUGAUGGUGCUGUUAAACCAUUUGAUGAUUCUUCAAUUAAAGCUUUUGCUUCAUUUAAUAAAGUUCUUAAAGGUCAAUCAUAUACUUGGUUAACAGGUCCUUGGUUAUUUUUGGAAAAUUAUUUAUAUCGUAUAAUUAAUUCAUUCUUUGUUGAAAAAUCAUUAUGGUUCAAUUAUGAUAUUUUUGAUAAUUUGAAAAGAAGUUCAUUUGAAAGUUCUGUUGAUGGUGUUACUGAAUUAGCUAUUCGUUAUUAUCAAUUAACUGAAACAUCACAAAAAUUAGAUGAUGAAACUAAACAAAUCUUAUUUAAUGAAUUUGCUGAAAUUUCAUUAUGGGGUAAUGCAACUGAUUUAUCUUUAUUAGCUACUGCAACUUUAGAUGAUAUUAAAUCAAUUCAAGGUGCUGAAGCAAGAAAAAAAUCAGAAGCUAAUAUCUUGACUAAUGAUUUAAAACAAGCAUGGGAAUCAUUAUCUUCAAAUACUAAUGAACAUAAAAGAGUUGAUUUUGUCUUGGAUAAUGCCGGGUUUGAAGUUUAUACUGAUUUAAUUUUUGCAUUAUUUUUAUUAGAUACUGGUAUUGCAAAUGAAAUUGUUUUCCAUACCAAGGAUAUUCCAUGGAUGGUUUCAGAUGUUAAUAUUAAAGAUUUUUACAUCUUGUUACAAGAUUUGAAAAACACAAAAUUAUUUAAUAAAUCAAGAAAAGAAUUAGAUCAUUUAAUUAAUAAAAUUGAAUAUUAUAAUAAUAAUGGUACUUUAAAUUUAAGAACUUCACCAUUUUGGACUUUAGAUUUAGAUUUUUGGAAUAUUGAUCCAUCAGAAACUCAAUUUGGUGGUUCAAAAGUUCAUAAAGAUUUAUUAGAUUCUUCAUUAGUUAUUUUUAAAGGUGAUAUGAAUUAUAGAAAACUAACUGGUGAUAGAAGAUGGGAUUCAACUACUCCUUUCACAAAAUCAAUUGGUUCAUUAGCUUCAAAUGGAUUGAAAAUUUUAGCUUUAAGAACUAUUAAAGCUGAUGUUUUAGUUGGUUUACCUGAAGGUGUUUAUGAUCAAGUUAGUGAUGAAUGGGCUAAAUCAAAUGAAUCAAGAUUAGGUUGGUUAAGUAGUGGUAAAUAUGCUGUUAUUAGUUUUUCAAAUGGUGAAAAUUAA